AUGGAUGUACCGUACACAGCAGCAGAGAUUGCAAUCGCUGCUAUAGCUGCAGUGGGAAACCUCUUGGUAUGUGUUGCGGUCAUCCAGGACCGCAAGCUCUGGACGGUAACUAAUUAUUUCUUAAUUUCUCUGUCAGUAGCAGACACAUGCGUGGGAGCAUUCGCCAUCCCCUGUGCCAUUCUAACGAGCAUAGGGAUUCCACAACAUCAACUGAGACUCUGUUUGCUGAUGCUGUCUGUCCUAAUUAUGCUGACAAUGAGUUCAACCUUCAGCCUCCUGGCUAUUGCUAUGGAUCGUUACAUUGCCAUUCUACAGCCUCUUCGAUACAAAAGCAUUAUGACCCCACGUAACGCACUUGUCAUUAUAGUUGUAGGAUGGGUCACUUCAUUCCUUUCUGGGCUGCUGCCGUUGAUGGGUUGGUACAAAGCCACUUCCCCGACUGGCCACUGUCUCUUCACACAAAUAGUAGACAUGACUUACGUGGUCUACUACUUCUCGGUUGUCUUUUUCAUUUUGCCCCUGAUUGUCAUGCUUGUUAUCUAUGCUAAAAUCUUUUCAGCAGUCAGAAAGCAGCUUGCGGCCAUAGCAAAGGGGGGACAGCUGGGCAGUGUUGCAGGUAAGAAUGCAGUGGGCAUCAGGAAAGAAAUGAAAACGGCCACCUCUCUUUUUACAAUCAUCUUCUUUUUCAGUCUAUGUUGGGCCCCUUUGCACCUCAUAAACUGGUUUCAACUCCUCUGCCCAAACGGCUUUGUUCCACUGAUCAUACUACAGAUUGCCAUCGUACUGACGCACGCCAAUUCUGCCCUCAAUCCAAUCCUAUAUGCGUACAAAUUGAAGACCUUCAGGAAAGCCUUCAAGGCCAUUUUUGUAUGCAGGCCUAAUGCUGUUACACCAACAAAAGAUUGGGACUGAGGAUCUGGUGGUUUCCAUUAGGUGAACCUCAUAAACGUAGCACCCAACAUCAGAUAGUAAUGUUAACUUGGCUUCCAGAACGUCACAAUUAGAGUAAAUGGACUGG